AUGGGCCGCCACGCCCGCCUACUUUGGCUGCUGUUCUUCCACGGCGUGAUUCUACCUGAAGCAGCUUGCUACAGGAGGGACAUCAGAGGAUCUGGAGCAAAGUUGGGGAAGGAAAGGCCUAAGAGAACCAUUCAAGACAUGUCUGUGGAACAGCAAGAAGACUGGCUUCCUGUGCAGCUCGUGGAAGGUUCUAACAGGUGUUCUGGCCGAGUGGAGGUGUAUUUUGAAGGCGUGUGGGGCACAGUGUGCGACGAUCUGUGGGACGAGAAGGAGGCGCAGGUCGUGUGCCAGCAGCUGGGCUGUGGGGAUGCCGUGUCCACCCUGGGAGAGGCCUACUUUGGCCAGGGCUCCGGCCCCAUUCUUCUGGAUGAUGUGCAGUGUUCUGGGACCGAGGUCUCCCUGGGGCAGUGCCCGCACGCUGGCUGGUUCAUCCACAACUGUGGGCACGAGGAAGACAUUGGUGUCGUCUGCUCCGAAUCUGAAAACAUUCCCACAGAAAUUGAAACUUCAAGAGAUAUUGAUGCUGAAAUCUUAACACCGUUUCCUGGUGGGGAUGGCCAGGAGCCAGUGGCGAGGCCCCAAGGUGAUGGAAAUUCAGCAACCAUAUUAUCAGUUCUGCCUGCUGCCAUCUCAACUCAGCCAUCUUCUAAACUUGCCUCGAGUUCCUCUGCAUCAGCUCUCCCAGCUUCCCACACUCCAGAAGACCUGACCCGUCCACUUGCACCAUCCGGAUCGCUGGAUGGUGAGAAGUUACCAACUGUCCUGUCAGUUCUACCUGUGGUUGACUCAGCACCUGCUAGUCGAAGAGCGCAUGUGCCCAGGCUCAGCCUCCAAGAAGGUGCUGACGGCUCCCCAGACCACACUCCAGCAACAGAUCCCGAGUCAUCCAAACCAUCAGGAGGCUGGGUCCCUGUGCGGCUGGCAGGCAACCAUGGGAGAUGUGCGGGCCGUGUAGAACUUUUCUACCAAGGAGUCUGGGGGACUGUGUGUGAUGACCUCUGGGACCUCCCAGAAGCAAACAUCAUCUGUAGGCAACUGGGGUGUGGCUGGGCUGUUUCAGCCCUGAGUGAAGCUUACUUUGGGGAAGGUUCUGGGAAGAUUCUCCUUGACAAUGUGCAUUGCAAGGGACAUGAAGAGCACCUGGAGGAAUGCUCCCACAUUGGCUGGUUCUCUCACAACUGUGAUCACAGUGAAGACGCCAGUGUCAUCUGUUCAGAUGCUGAAUAUGUAACGGCACUAUCAGAUGGCCCAUUUGCUGUCAUGGAAAAAGACACAGUGGUUCCAGGAAGAUCUCCUUGUGGUGGUGUGAUUACCAGUGCUCCUGGAAAAAUUAAGAACCCCCCAAUGAAUGAAAUGCAUGACAACAUAACCUGUGUGUGGGAAAUCAGGGCAAACGCCUCUGACCGUGUAAGGCUGGCAUUCCCGUCUCUUGAACUUGACUGCACCAAUGAGUAUUUUGAAAUCCUGGAUGGCCCUCCAUCUUCCACAAAGUCCCUGGGGAAACCCUGCAGUGGGGUGCACAUCACCUUUGCAUCCCACUCCAGCUCAAUGACCCUUGUGUAUUUCCGAGGCAUGAACAACAUUGGGAAAAACUUCAUGGCUUAUUACUAUUUUGAAGCCAAAGAGAUGACAUCGAAGACCCCAUAUUUGAUCACCAUCCCCACAGCAACUUCCAAGACAGUAACAGAAAGACCAAAACUCUCAAAUCCUGCACAGCCUACAAAAACUUCCAGUGGGAGUCUCUCACUUCCUCCUGUGCCUGACCCAGGGGACUGGCCAGAGCUGCGGCUGGUGGGUGGCUCCAAUCGGUGCUCAGGGCGUGUGGAGAUCCUCUACCAGGGAGCCUGGGGCACUGUGUGUGAUGACCUGUGGGACCUGAAUGAAGCUGAGGUCGUAUGCAGACAGCUGGGGUGUGGCCAGGGUGUGUCUGCCCUUGGCAAGGCCUACUUUGGCCCUGGUUCAGGAGAUAUCUUCCUAGACAACUUCCAGUGUGCUGGGGUGGAGCACUUCCUGGGCCAGUGUGCCCAUUCGGGCUGGAAAGACCACAACUGUGGCCACCAUGAGGAUGCUGGUGUCAUCUGUUCAGAUGCUGAAAAACCUCUGUUGGAUGUUCCAGGAGACUGGCCAGAGCUUCGCCUGGUGGGUGGCUCCAGCCGGUGCUCAGGACGAGUGGAGGUCCUUCACCAGGGAGUCUGGGGCACUGUGUGUGAUGACUUGUGGGGUUCAAAUGAAGCUGAGGUUGUAUGCCGCCAGCUAGGAUGUGGUCAGGCUAUUUCUAGUCUCGGUGAGGCCUACUUUGGCCCAGGCUCAGGAGACAUCUUCCUGGACAACCUUCAGUGUUCUGGGAUGGAGCACUACCUCGGCCAGUGUCCACAUUCAGGAUGGUCGGAACACAACUGUGGCCACCAUGAGGAUGCCGGUGUCAUCUGCUCAGAUUCAGAUGGCCCCCCUCAACCCAUGCCGCCAGGUCCUCCUUCAGUUUCUCAGGAUCCAAUAACAGGAGGAAGUAACUCUUGUGGAGGGGUCAUUUCCAGUCUCUCUGGUUCAUUUUCCAGUCCACGGUACCCAGAAAACUAUCCAACAGACAUCCAAUGUGUUUGGGAGAUCCACGUGGAGAAAAACUUCCGCAUAGAGCUUAUGAUUCCGAAUUUAAACCUGGAAGAUAUCCUGGGAUGUCCCUAUGACUCAAUUGAGAUCUUCGAUGGCCCCAGAAUUGCAUCACUCUCCAUGGGGAAGUUCUGUGCCCCAUCCGCUGUGGUAUUUUUCUCCUCCUCGGACAUCUUGACCGUGGUGUUCCGAAGCGAUUAUAUGACAACAAAUACUGGGUUUUAUGCUUUUUUCAAUGCAAUUUCACAAGAUGGAAGUGAGUCAGAAGACAGACCAGUGCUGCGGCUGGCGGGCAGCUCUGGACAGUGCUCGGGACGUGUUGAGGUCCUCCAUCAGGGGGCCUGGGGCACCGUGUGUGAUGACUUGUGGGACAUGAAUGAAGCUGAGGUCGUGUGCAGACAACUGGGGUGUGGCCAUGCCAUCGCUGCUCCUGGAAGUGCCUACUUUGGCCCAGGCUCUGGAAACAUCCUCCUGGACAACAUUCAGUGUUCAGGAAAGGAGAACCACUUUGGCCAGUGCCCCAGCUCUGCCUGGUUAGACCACAACUGUGGCCACCAUGAGGAUGCUGGGGUUAUCUGCUCAGAUGCAGAGGUGACUCCUUCACCCACAGAAGGAAGUAAUUCUUGUGGAGGAGUAAUUUCAAGUCUCUCAGGCUCCUUCUCCAGUCCCUGGUAUCCUACAAACUACCCCACUGACAUGGAAUGCGUCUGGGAGAUACAUGUGGCUGAGAAGUUCAAUAUAGAGCUGACGAUCCCAAGCCUGAAGCUAGAAGACAUCUACGGGUGCCCUUAUGACUUUGUUGAAGUGUUUGAUGGGAAGCAAGUUGCCUCGCUGUCCAUGGGCAAAGUCUGCGCUGGGGCAGAACUCACAUUCCUCUCCUCUUCAAACUCCAUGACAGUGGUGUUCAAAAGUGACUCCAUGAUCACCAACACAGGGUUCUAUGCUCUGUACAACACUGUUCACCAAGAUGAAAGGCAGAAUGGUAUAGCCUUGAGACUGGUGAAUGGUAGCCACAGGUGUGAGGGCCGAGUCGAGAUCUCUUACAAUGGUACCUGGGGCACAGUGUGUGACGACAGCUGGGACCUGACGGAUGCCAGGGUGGUGUGCCAGCAGCUGGGCUGUGGUAAGGCCUUGUCAGCCCCAGCUGAGAGCUACUUUGAUAGAGGCGUGGGCCAUAUCUUGCUGGACGAUGUGCAGUGCAUGGGUGAUGAAGCCAAGGUGUGGCAAUGCACACACCACGGAUGGUUCUCCCACAACUGUGGGCACCAUGAGGAUGCCAGCGUGGUCUGCUCAGGUGCUGACGACACACCAAGCCCAGGACCGGCAGACUCCACUGGUGACAUCAUGACAGAUGAAAGUUUCCGGUGUGGUGGUUUGCUCACAAAUAGUUCAGGCUCCUUCUCCAGUCCUUGGUAUCCUAAAAAAUAUCCCACCAAUGUGGUCUGUGCCUGGGACAUACGAGUGGAUACUAGUGCUCACAUCAGACUCACCUUUGAAGUGGUCAAGAUGGAAAACUUCUAUGGCUGCCCUUAUGACUUCAUUGAGAUUUUUGAUGGCCCACAAAGUGAAUCAUUUUCACUGGGGAGAUUCUGUUCAGAAACAAUCCCAGUGUUUACGUCUUCUUCGAGCCACAUGAGCGUGGUGUUCCACAGUGACGACAUUGUCACCAACAUUGGAUUCUAUGCAUCUUAUGAGUCACUGUUGCAAGAUGAGAAAGACAGAGAUGUGGCACUCAGACUGGCCAAUGGCAGCCACCCAUGUGAAGGCCGCGUGGAGCUCUAUUACAACAGCAGCUGGGGCACUGUGUGUGAUGACAGCUGGGACCUGAGAGAUGCCCAGGUGGUGUGCCGGCAGCUGGGCUGUGGUGGAGCUGUGGCAGCCACUGGCCGAGCCCAUUUUGAGCGAGGCCUAGGCCCCAUUGUCCUGGAUGAUGUGGAGUGCAUGGGAACGGAAGCCAGACUGUGGCAGUGUCUGCACGGUGGCUGGUUUGCCCACAAUUGUGGCCACCAUGAGGAUGCUGGUGUCAUCUGCUCAGCCUCCCUGUCUCUCCCAGCACCGUCAUCUCCCGUGAGUGAUCCGAUUUCAGCAUCGUUGGUAAAGCAGCCAGGGGUGUCGGCAUCAACAGGUCUGGACCUGCGGCUGGUGAAUGGGACAAGCAGGUGUGAGGGCCGAGUUGAGGUGUACUAUGCCAACACCUGGGGGACCGUAUGCGAUGACAACUGGUCCAUAGAGGAUGCCCACGUGGUCUGCAGACAGCUUGGCUGUGGUUCAGCUUUAUCUGCCCUACCAGGCACCAGUUUUAGCCCUGGGUCAGGCAGCAUCCUCCUUGAUGAUGUCAACUGCACAGGAAAGGAGUCUUCUUUGGCACAGUGCCCUCACAGCGACUGGCUCACCCACAACUGUGGGCACCAGGAAGAUGCUGGUGUCAUCUGUGCAGAUUCUGCAGCUGCCGGACAUCCAGCUACUUCAGCUCCUGAGGGACAUCCACAUGGUUUCCAUCCAAUAGAUCUGCAGCUGGUGAGACUGGUCAACGGGAAAAGCCAGUGUGAGGGCCGCGUGGAAGUCUACUUCAAUGGGACCUGGGGGUCUGUGUGUGAUGAUCUUUGGAGCAUACAGGCCGCCCAAGUGGUAUGUCAACAACUGGGCUGUGGGGUGGCCCUGGCGGCCCCCAGGAGCAGUCUGUUUGGCGAUGGCUCUGGCCCCAUCUUCCUAGACGAUGUGAAGUGCUUGGGCACAGAGACCAACCUAGGGCACUGCCGCCACCUCGGCCUGUCUGUGCACAACUGUGAUCACCAUGAGGAUGCAGGAGCCAUCUGUUCAGCGGUUAGCGUUGCCUCAGCUUUGGCAGAAGCGGCUCUCUCAGUUGGGCAGCUCACGAUCAGGUUGGUGGAUGGAAAGAACCGGUGUGAAGGGAGAGUGGAAGUCCACCACAAUGGCACAUGGGGCACUGUUUGCGAUGACCUUUGGGGAAUCGAGGAUGCCCAUGUGGUAUGCCGGCAGCUGGACUGUGGGGAGGGUGUCAGCGCCAUUGGGAGUAGCCGCUUUGGAGAGGGCGUGGGGAGCAUCUUCCUGGACGACGUGCAGUGCCAGGGCAGUGAGACCUCGCUAAGCCAGUGCCACCACCAAGGCUUGUCUGUCCACAACUGUGGCCACCAUGAAGACGCCAGUGUCAUCUGCUCAGCAUCAGCCACAGAAAUGACAACGUCACCCGUUUCUACCUCAAGCCCAGCUGCAGCUUCUGUCCUUGCAACUGGCUCUUCGGCAACUACUCCAUUUAUAAUCCCUCCAACUGACAUAUCGUCAACCUCAACAGAAUCCAGCCCUCUGAGAGAUGCAGCUUUGGUCUCAGCAGAAGAGGAGACACCCUCUGAUUCAUCUUCAGCCUCAGAGGGAGAGGAAACAUCCUCAGAUGUAUCUUCAUCAGUGGGAGUGACCUCCUCUGACAUUUCUUCAACCUCAGCAGAAACAAGUUCUUCAAAUGAUGCCUCUUCAGCCUCAGCAGAAGAUGCCUCCUCUGAUACAUCUUCAUCCUCAGCGGAAGUGAAGAGUGGAGAGAAAACUGAUGCAUCGUCAGCCUCAGCAGAAGAUACCUCCUCUGAUGCUUCUUCAGCCUCAGCUGAAUCCAGCUCUCCAUCUGAUGCGUCUUCAGUCUCAGCAGAAGGGAAGAGUGGAGAGCCAACUGAUGCAUCUUCAGCCUCAGCAGAAGAGACUUCUUCAGAUGCCUCUUCAGUCUCCAAAGAAGAUAGUGCCUCUGAUGCUUCUUCAACCUCAGCUGAAUCAAGCUCUCCAAAUGAUAUGUCUUCAACCUCAGCAGACGGGAAGAGUGGGGAGCGAAGUGAUGCAUCUUCAACCUCUGCAGAAGAGACAUCCUCUGAUAUGUCUUCAACCUCAGCAGAAUCGAGUUCUAAAACUGAUACAUCUUCAUCCUCAGCAGAAGAGACAAGCUCCUCUGAUACUUCUUCAACCUCAGCAGAAGCGAGCUCUCCACAUGAUGCCUCUUCAGUCACAGCAGAGAAGAUGUCUGAUACUUUUACAGCCUUAGCAGAACCGACUUUUCUAAGUGCCACAGUUCCAACUUUGAUAAAAGUGACCCUGCCACCUGACUUGACUCUGCGCCUGGUAGGCGGGCGAAACCGCUGUGAGGGCCGGUUGGAGGUGCAGCACCAGGGGAUGUGGGGAACCGUAUGCGACGAUCGCUGGAACAUCAAGAAUGCCCGAGUUGUGUGCCGCCUCCUGGGCUGUGGCCAGGCGCUGGGUGCCCCUGGCAGAAGCCACUUUGGGGCAGGCACAGGCCCCAUCCUGAUGAAUGAAGUGCGCUGUUCUGGCAGAGAGGACUCUCUGGAGAGCUGUGCCCAUGCUGGCUGGAUAAGGCACAACUGCCACCACUAUGAGGAUGCGAGUGUGGUCUGUGCAGGUCCAGCCGACUCUCUUGUGCCCAAGGAUAACGCUCAGCUGUCUUGUUUGCCUCACCUCUUCCAAGCCGUCAUUGACCGAGGCUAUCUCCGGAGAUUAGGCUACUCCUCCUGGGACAUCCACUUAAAUGAUAAGAUGUGUCGCCCCCAAGUCACCGGGCGUUACCUCAUCUUCAAUAUUCCUUAUGGCCACUGUGGCACCAUGAGGCAGGAGCAUCAAGGCUCUCUCAGCUACUCUAACUCCAUCAGAGGCAGAACGCAAGGCCACCCUGGCCGAGUCAUUGUGAGGCACAGGGUGCCCCAGGUGAAGUUCACCUGCAAAGUGGAUGGCCAGUCUGCAGUUGAAAUUGUGCAUGGGAGUGACACACAGAAGGAUGAUGUCAGCUAUGAUGUGUCGAUUUCAUUCCUCCAGUCACCUGUAUCUCAGGAUAUGGGGGUUGGAGCUCCUGCUUAUACCCGUCAGAGGGAAGAGGUCUUCCUCCAGGCCACCCUCCACAGCCACGAUCCCAAUCUGAGGCUCGUUGUGGACACCUGUGUGGCUUCUCCUGACUCCAGUGAUUUCACAACUGUCAAGUAUGAUUUGAUCCAGGAAGGGUGCAUCCGAGACAACUCCUACUCCAACCUCCAUGCCCCUGGGAAGAACGUGGCCCAGUUCAAGUUCAACGCCUUCAGCUUCCUCAAAAGCUACGAUGUGGUCUACCUGCAGUGUAAGGUUGCCGUUUGCCGAAUCGGGGACCACUCUCCCCGAUGCUCACAAGGCUGUACAAAGCGAGGGAGGAGAGGCGCGGGCUCUGCAGAGGCCAGGGAAGAACAAACUGAGUAUUUCCGAACGGUGGGGCCGCUGAAGAUCCACAGAGCAGAUAAUCAGAGCAGGGCCCUGGUGUGAUCGCUCGCUCUCACUCUCCCAUGAGUGUGUCGGAAAACCGGAAGCAAGGUCUGUUUCUUACCAGGAAGCAAUGUUUAGUCACUCCGAAGCCAGACAUUGACCAUACCAUCUGCACUACCCAUUCAGAUGGGUGGAAGAACCCAAGAGAUUGCUUCUCUGGGGCUUGUUACUAAGUAAUCUCUGAGCACUAACUUCUAAUGCAGUUGCCCUGUUUGUAGGAAAGAAAAAGAAAAAAAUGCUGAUUUUUUUAUUCUUCACUCUCAAGAACUUGAUCACUGUCUCAAAAUGCACAAAAUAUUAGAAAAAGCAGGGUUGUCUCUCUUUACACUGUGGGCAAUUAGAGAUUGUUUAUAAAUGUCUACUUACUAUUUGGGUGCUGAUAGGUGGGUGGGCCUCUUUCUGUUCUUCUGGAAAUGUGAGAAUUCAUUUCUAGAUCUUGCCAGUAAUCUUGUAAAAAAUAAUAAUAAUAAUAAAGUG